AUGGCUAUCGCUAGUUGGAAUGCCAGAGGACUCAAUGGAGAAGAAGCUAUGAGGCAAUUAAGAUUCCUCAUAAAAAACAAUAGACCGGAAGUAAUUUUUCUAAUGGAAACAAAACUUACUAAAGAUAAGGUAGCAACAAUGUGCAAGCAACUCUCUUACGAUAAUGGCUUUGAGGUCCCAAGGAUAGGACUAGGUGGAGGGUUAAUGCAGCUAUGGAAAGAAAAUGUAAUGAUCUCAGUACAAUCAUCAUCCUACAAUCACAUAAGUUGCUUUAUAAGUUUUGAUAAUCAACAUUUGUCUUGGCACUUCAGUGGCUUUUAUGGUCACCCAGCAGUAUCCAAUAGACAUAUGACAUGGGAGCUCUUACAACAUUUGCGAAUAAUAGCACAUGGGCCAUGGUUAGUGAUGGGGGAUUUCAAUGAAGUUCUGAGUCAAGCUGAUAAAAAUGGAGGAGGGCUGCGAAACGAACACCAAAUUGAAGCGUUUCGAAACACACUAGAGGUAUGUAAAUUACAACCCUUGGAUUAUAGAGGUAAUCAAUUUACUUGGCAAAGAUUUUGUGAGGAUGACCUCUUACAGGAGAGGCUGGAUUGGGCAAUGGUUAAUGAAGAGUGGAAAGAUAGUUUUACUUCAGCCUCUUUAACACAUCUAGACUUCAACCAUUCAGAUCAUAGAGCGCUUCUCUUAACUCUUCAAGAUGAAACUGGGUCCGACCUUUUAAGAAACAGGAAAAGACCUCGUUUUAAAUUUGAAAAUAUAUGGUCAAAUGAGUCAGAAUGCAAAGAAAUUAUAAAAAAGUGUUGGAAACCUUUUUCUUCUUCCUCCUCCCUUCUCGCAACUAUGAGUAAUAUUCAGGCGUGCUCAACUAACUUAUCCACAUGGCACAACUAA